AUGGUGCGAAUCAAAAGGAAGCGUGAGAUUAAGCCCUCCCAAGAAUCGCGGCUAGACGACCCGUAUCUGCUGCAAGUUCCACCCUGUCGCUUCUUGGACCACCAUCGGAAACAUGGCAAGAAUGUUAGCAUAGUUCGCAACUGUGUGGACAAUCCCAACUGUCUUUACGGUUUGGGUGAGCAUCUCGAGGGUGUGUGGCAAGGCUCGAAACUCGUUCGACGCGUGUUUGGAAGCGACCCGCGGGAUCGCAAACGUGGUUUGACUGAUUGUGGCGAGCUUAUGCCGUGCGGAUUACGUAAUCUUGGCGCCACGUGUUACCUAAAUAGUAUGUUGCAGUGCCUUUUUGCACUUCUACCCUUUCGCCAAGCUGUGUACGAGUGGAAGCCCAAAAAGCAAUGUGUAGGUGAAAAGAAAACGUUGCAAAUGCGUGCACUUCAAAAGCUUUUUGCUCGAAUGCAAUUAGGCAAUGAGAGUUAUUACGAUCCAACAGAAUUUGCCACCACGUUGUCUUUGAAUAAUGGCAUGCAGCAAGACGUACAGGAAUUCAGCAAACUAUUGCUGGCACAUCUACGCACGAUUUUUCGGCAGUCAAGGUAUCCAAGCCAUUGGGACUUAGUGGACAGCAUCUUUCGAGGACAAAUGAAUUAUGUGACUAGGUGCUUAAAGUGCCAUACCAAGUCGAUGCGACAAUCCUCGUAUUACGAAAUUUCGUUAAAUAUAAUAGGACACAAAAGUGUAGAAGACUGCAUUGGCUCAUACUUAUCGGCUGAAGUGCUGGAAGGAGAAAACAAGUACUUUUGCGAGCAAUGUGACUCCAAGCAGUGUGCUGAUCGUUACUUUGAGCUAAAGGUACAGGCACUACCGCCAGUAUUGAUGAUACAGCUAAUAAGAUUCGUCUUCGAUGCCAAAGCUAGCCGAAAGAAAAAGCUAACGGAUGUCAUCGAAUUCAGCGAAACGCUUGACAUGACCGAGUUGCUGCGUCGAAGUGGCCAGGAAAUUGAUGCACCUGUUGGUGCUAUUUAUCGAUUACAAGGCUACCUGAAUCACCGAGAGGCAAGGAUGAGUGAUGCAGCGAAAGAUCGAAGGAAGGAUAAGAAGAUUCGAUCUCGCGAUGUUUAUAUGCUCAUCUAUGUUCGCGAUGACGUAGCAGUCAGUAGUCCGGGGAUUUGUCACGGCAAAGCAAAUUCUGAACCACAACCUCCUGAAAUCUGCCGAAGCGAUGUGAAUGCUCUAAAAGAAGCUUUUAAUGCUGAGGCCGUAGAGUACACCAGCAGAGUGAGUGCAAUGGAAGAUCGUAUGCAAAGACGAAUUGAUGCGUACAAACAGUUUUUUGAGACCGAUCAACCGUAUCCAGAUGCGUCUUCUGACCAUUUUUAUUGGGUAGAUACGAACUGGCUUCGUAGCUGGGUUACUGGAGAAGAUAAGGACAUAGUUGGUGGCAAGUUAUCGAAUAUGUCGCAUUCGGGCAAAGACAAAACAAUCUUAGAAUCCAAAGAGUCCGACUCAGACGGUUUAUGUUCGAUCGCAGCUGAUCAAUUACUAGACCAAAAACAGGAAGAUGGUAACUAUUGUUUCGUUAUAUCCCCAGACAAAAUUAAUGAAAAGCGUCAUGAAAACCAGGAAGAUUUAAAAAACGAAAUAGAUUAUUCAGGUGAAAACGAGCUGAAGACAGCGAAUUCAGACGACGGUGUUGUGAGUCGUAUUCGCGAGACUCAGAUCUCAGCACCAAUCCAUUCAUCCAAUCAUGAUGAACCCAAUGUUUUCGAGCUUCCAGAAAUCAAUGUUGAAGGCAUACCCUUUUCGGAUUCGAUCGAUGUCACCCCCUAUUGUUGUACGCACUCCACAGAUUUGAAAACUGAUGAAAAUGGAUCUUCGAAACCAAUUCUUCGCUUCACACCUGAUAACGCGCCGAAACUGAAGCGAAUUUCAGCAGAACUUUUUGGAUUUUUACAAGAGACCUGCGGGCAGAUUCCAACUGUGAAAAAUUUGAUAAGGUCCUUUAAGGCAAUGAGAGUGUUUGAGGCACCCAUGUACCGUUGCACGGUUUGUGAGGCUGAUUUUCGCACUAAAAUGUUGAAUGACGUCGACUGUCUGAAAGAAGUUAGCGAGGAGCUCCGGCUACUAAAGUACUCUUCUGAUAGUGUCUCGAUGGCCGUGACAACCAGAGGAGCCUACUUAAUGAGUCGACUGUGGAUUAAAAGUUACAAAAACUACCUCUCGAGGCUGUAUAAAGAGCUUACACCCUCAAGCAAGAAGAUUAAAGGAUCGAUCACUCAUGUUACAAAUAAUAGGCUUCCUACAGCUGCGAAAGGUGGAGUCGAUAGACUGCUGGAUGCAGAUAUUAAAGACAAUCAACUGAAUGCAUGGCAAAAUCCUAUUAAUGACGAUAUUACUUGUGUCCACGGCAAUCUUACGCUUGAAAAACGAACAUAUCGUCCUGUUUCAAGUGAGACUUGGCUGUACUUUAAAGCGAAAUUUCCGUCUUGUGCAGAAUUCUCUAUGUCGGCAACAGAGCCAUGCCCACAAUGUCAGGUCGACCACAUUGCCAGCAAGGAAUGUAUGCAAGUGAAACGUGAUACGCGCGACGUUAUUUUAUCCGUGACUGCGUUAGAAAUGUUAUAUCGUCGAAAAUCUAGAGGGCAUUCGAUCCAGCUAUCAGAUAUAUUUGAAGAUAUCUCUACAUUGCGAAGGACUGAGCUGGACAAAGUAUCAGCGUUGGCAAUACGGGGCACUGCAACCUUCCCACAGCGAGUGUUUUUGGUAUCUCGUCACUGGUUGAUGCAGUGGAGAGAGUAUAUUCGCAAUUUGGAAAAAGAUAUACCUAUGUCCCUGACACUGUCAUCCAUGUUAUGUGCACAUCAGAAGUUGGUCCUAUCCCCAGCGAUGUUCGCCCUCCAGCAAGGGCAUUCUGUGGAUGCUAGUUUAUUAGAAGUAGAGUUUGUGACUAUGGACGAAAUGCAGGCUCUUGCUGAGCGAUACGGUGAUCCUAAUGCAUCCAUUUACUAUGGUCUUCUCAAAACUACCAUAUCUGAGCUAGGAGAAGAGAAGUGCCAUGUGUUGUGGCGACAAUGUUCACUCGCUACACUUCAGUGUGAAAACAAAAUAAAUGUGAGCAAAGAAGCUUACCCUGAUGGCAUCGUGCCGAUAGUAUAUCAAGACUCAAGCGAAGAGAGCGUAAUUUGUGGCGAGUGCCAGGCAAAUUCCGAUCAAAAACUUCGUGACGAAUUAGAGAACUUUUCAGAUCGUGAAGUAAAUGUCCAGCUACUCAAUGACGAUCAGGCUAUUCCAUUAAGCGAAAAUUUGAUGGUAGACGCCAACACCUCGGGGCGACGCCGCUCGCGACGCAUUCGCCCAGGCUCAGCGUGCAUGUGGCCCGUCUCAGCUAAUGCUACUGAUACCGUGUACAUGCUGAAAGCAAAAAUUUAUGCGGAAAUUGAUGCGUUGCCAAUCUGUCAGCGACUCUAUUACAAGGGUGAAAUGCUGGAGGACCAUCGUACACUCAAGCAUUGUGGAAUCAAAGCUGGAGAUGCAGUAUAUAUGAGAUUAUCAGAAGACCACGCGGAUGACCUCGUGAUGGAUGAAGGUCAUGAGCGUGAGGUGGGAUUCGCCAAUUCUGUCUUUCUUAAUCAGGAGAAAACAGCGCCAGACACUAGCGGAGACCGAGCCAUGGCAUUAGCAAUAGCCAAUUGCCACGAAAAUUGCGUGUUAUACGUACCACUGGUUGCAAUAAUGACGAGCCUCAACGACGAUGAGCUCGAGAUGAAUUGGACGGCAGAGGCUGUAGAUCCUUCCGAUAAUGAGAGUACUAUAUCUGCUGGUAGCGAGGACGAGUUCGAGGAAGAGACAGAGGUGGAUUUGGUCUCAGGCAUCAAGCGUAGCCGCGAAGAUGAAAAGGACGAAGUUAUGAACGGUGGAGACGAUAUGAACGUUGUCAAGAAGCAAAAGGCAAAAAAAUCCAAUGGCAAAGGACUGCACAAGAUGACGCAAGCCGAGCACUUUCAGAUUGUCAACGAUGCUUACAUUAAAUAUCGCGGUCAGUUGACAUCCCUCGAGCUGGCAGAUGGACUUAGUGAGACACACUUCGUGGUGCCGAAGGGUUUAGGCAAGCACAAACUGAUGCUGCUGCCGUCGUACAUUCACCAUUUGUUGCCAUCGUUUAAGCGUGACUUUAUGGGCAAAAGUAAGCGCCGCGACAAGAGUCCAUACUUUGUCAUUUUGUGCUCGUCUGCGCUGCGAUGUGUUGAAGUCAUCAAACAUUUGACUUCCUUUAAAUGCAAAAUUGCUAAGCUUUUUGGCAAGCACAUGAAAGUUAUUGAACAGGCAAAGCAAAUCGCGAGCAAUUUUCUGCCGAUUGCAGUUGGUACGCCAGCACGUGUAAAGAAGCUGCUAGAAAUAGAGGGACUGUCGCUGAAGCACACGACACAUGUAAUUAUCGACAUGGAGAAGGACAAGAAAGAACUUACUAUACUGGAAUUGAAAGACACAGCGAUAGAGAUGAUGGAUCUUUUGCAAUAUCAUAUUAUUCCACACCUUAACAAGGAUGAAAGCAACACCAAGGUUGUGCUUUUUUAA